UGACCAGGCGCGCCUAUUGGCUGGGAGAGGCCGAAGCCGGCUACCCGGGCCAGGCCUGAGGGCGGCGCCGGGGGGCCUGGUCCCGGAGGUACAACCGGCUUCGGAAAGAUGAACAUGGCAGCUCGAACCGGUCCGAGGGCCCUGACAAAGGUAGUCUCCAGAUGCCCUCCGAAGUCGUCGACAGCUGCCGGCGCCCGGCCGCAGGGAUCUGCGCGGAACGGCAGAUAUUUAGCUUCCUGUGGUAUACUGAUGAACAGAACUCUUCCAGUACAUGCUUCCAUUUUGCCCAAACAAAUAUGUGCAAGAACUUUCUUCAAAAUCACUGCCCCAUUAGUAAACAAAAGAAAAGAAUACUCAGAAAGAAGAAUUAUAGGGUACUCAAUGCAGGAAAUGUACGAUGUAGUAUCAGGAAUGGAAGAUUAUAAGCAUUUCGUUCCUUGGUGCAAAAAAUCAGAUAUCAUAUCAAAGAGAUCUGGAUAUUGUAAAACACAAUUAGAAAUUGGGUUUCCUCCUGUGUUGGAGCGAUAUACAUCCAUAGUGACCUUGGUGAAACCACAUUUAGUAAAGGCAUCCUGUACUGAUGGGAAACUUUUCAAUCAUUUAGAGACUAUUUGGCGUUUUAGACCAGGGAUUCCUGGCUACCCAAGAACUUGUACCCUGGAUUUUUCAAUUUCUUUUGAAUUCCGCUCACUUCUACACUCUCAGCUUGCCACGUUGUUUUUUGAUGAAGUUGUCAAACAAAUGGUAACUGCCUUUGAAAGAAGAGCAUGUAAGCUGUAUGGUCCAGAAACAAACAUACCUCGGGAAUUAAUGUUUCAUGAAGUUCAUCAUACAUAAAGGAAAAAAGAACCAAUGUCACCUACUAUUUUAGAGCCAUCUGUGAUUAUAAACCUGCUCCAUUGAAAAUUUGCACAUACAAUAUGGACUCUCUUGAAAGUACAAUUAUCUCUUCAAUCAAGUGCACUUCAAACUAAUGUGUACAUUCGCAGUUUCUACAUUUACAAUAGGAUGCCAUCACCAUUGCUAGAACACUAACAUCACUCUUCUGAGCAGAAACUGAAGCUAAAUUUAAACCUUGUAGGUAUUAUCUGAGAUAGAGAUACUCAUAAAGUAUAUAUUAACCAUAUCAUGUUUUAAGUUAUUAAAUUCAGAGUAUUUGUAAGUUAUUUUUGUGGGGCCUGUCAUAUAGCUUAGAAUAUUUUGGAAAUCUCCAUAUAUUUAAAGUUAAAACUUUGAUUUAACUGUUUAUGAAGGCUCCUUGGUAUUUUUGUUUUCUUAGAUUGUUCUUAGUAGUAGUUUUAAUAGUUACUGCAGUGCUAUAGUGAAGUUUCUAGAUAGUGUUUUGUUGUUGUGGGUCUGUUCUUGUUUGGUUUGGUGUUUGUCUGGUAAAUGGGCCAGAACUAAGUUAUUUUUCCAAGAGUUCACAACAUUCUUCCAGGUACUUGGGUUUCUCUUUCAAUAAUGCUAAUCAUGUGUCAAGUUUUGUUUAGCGCAGUAGCUUUCUUAGGUCUCCAAUAUUAUGCCCACCCUAUUUUCUAUUUAUGGUAUAUACUCACUGUCAGUAAGUUCCAAGCUAUUUUUUUUAAACAAAUCAAUGUAAAAACUGAAGUACUAGCUUAAUAAAGUUAAUUUGUUUAUUUUUUGCACAGUUA